AUGGAUGAGGAACGAGGUCCUUUUAAAUCCGAUGUGUUGCUUCCGCAGCCCAGUCCGGAACCUAAGUUGUGGGAGCUUAGAGAAGAUGCUUUUGAACCUACUUUCGUCCAGGGUAUGACGGCAUAUCUGGAUAAUUUCGAUAUCAAGUAUAUUGUAAAGAUAUCUAUUGCAAUGAUCAAGACUCUCUUCCACAUGUCUGAUUAA